CAGGCAUUAUAGCAGUGAUCCGCCUUUUGAAAUGGUGCUGCAAGCUUAGGGUUAAGAUAUUAUUCCAGGUAACAAAAGCCAAUGAGAGUACACCGAGAUGAUGUUUGUGACAUCAUCUCACAGAGUAGCUAGAACAGCUGAGGUAGCUUUCAGCUUCAGCACCAUUGCUAUUAUGAUGGAUGUUUACAUCUCUUCAUUGAGAGCCAAUUAUCUCGCUUUUGUGUGAGGCCCAAGGAUCACUCAUGCUGCCCGUCUGGAUACAGCAGUCUUGGAUCUAGCUGAACGAAUAGCUUCUCUCUGUGCAUGUGAAAAAGAACACUAAGGUUGAAAUGCAAAAUCCAUGUCACAACACUGCCACCUAUCAGGACACAGUGAUACUGUAGAUACUUUGGGUGAAUGGCUGUGUACAAUGAAAUACCUUUGCUGAGUACCUGAAAGAACAUCCAACUUGCAACAAAGGUAGUAUAUGCAUUUAUUCCUACAACAACUGAGUUGAAAUAUCUGGAUAAAAUGAGAUGUUUCCGAAAACGUUCAGCAAUACCGGUUCUUGGAGUUUUAAUAUUUUGUCUCCUUUUCAUGAACUUGUACAUCGAGGAUGAAUAUGUUGUGGAAGAAGAUAAAAGGCUUAAAGAAGCUUCAACUCAACAAUUCAAUGCAGAUCAAUAUGUCCAUACAAUACGAGAUUUCUCUAAUUUCUCAUCAUCUUUAAAUGUGACAUAUCGAAUAUUAGCAGGAAUACCUGUUUCAAGAAAAAGGUUCCUUACUAUUGGACUAUCAUCUGUGAAAAGGAAAAAAGGGAAUUACUUACUUGAAACUAUUAAGUCUGUAUUUGAACAGUCAAGUUAUGAAGAACUGAAAGAAAUAGCUGUAGUUGUUCAUUUAGCAGAGUUUGACCUGAGCUGGUGUGAAAGCAUAGUGCAAGAUAUAUCAAGAAAAUUCUCUCAUCAUAUUAUUGCUGGAAGACUAGCAAUUAUCCACACUCCAGGACAAUUCUACCCAGUCUUAGAAGGUCUGAAAAGAAAUUACAAUGACCCUGAUGCCAGAGUCAAAUUUAGAUCCAAACAAAACGUUGACUAUGCCUAUCUAUUAAACUUUUGUGCUAACCUUUCUGAUUAUUAUCUCAUGCUGGAAGAUGAUGUCAGGUGUUCUAAGAAUUUUUUGACAGCAAUUAAAAAAGUUAUUAACUCACGGAAAGGGUCAAACUGGGUCACCUUGGAGUUUUCAAAACUAGGAUACAUUGGCAAGCUCUAUCACACUUAUGAUCUACCACGUCUUGCCCAUUUUUUACUCAUGUUUUACCAGGAAAUGCCUUGCGAUUGGCUGCUUAUUCAUUUCAGAAGCCUGUUAGCUCAGAAAGAAGCAAUUCGAUUUAAGCCCUCACUUUUUCAGCAUAUGGGAUAUUAUUCAUCUUAUAAAGGUGUUGAGAAUAAGCUGAAGGAUGAUGACUUUGAGGAGGACUCAUUUGAUAUACCCGAUAACCCACCUUCAGUCCUCAACACAAAUAUGAAUGUCUUUGAAAAUUAUGAUGUCCAUAAAGCAUACAGCAGUACAGAAGAAUACUUCUGGGCAAAGACUCCUUCUAGUGGUGACUUUUAUCACAUUGUGUUUGAGAAACCUAUCAAAAUAAGCAAAAUCAAAGUCUGCACAGGAACAGAAGAUCGCCAAAAUGACAUCUUGCAUCAUGGAAUAUUAGAAGUUGGAGAAAGACUAGUUGGGAGUAAAAGGAACAAAAAGUGUACUACUUAUCUUAGAUUAGGUGACUUCAAAGAUGGGAACUUUGAAAUGGACAACAUAGAUCAUAAAGUCCUUUUUAACAUUGACUGUAUUCGAAUUCUAGUGACUAAAAACCAAAAUGAAUGGCUAAUUAUUAAAAGCAUAAGUGUUUGGACUAUUGACUCAAAUCAAUGAGAUGGUGAUGUUUCUUCCUUAUGGAAGAAAGACGUUUCAGUUGAGUGCCAACUGGUUUAUUUCACUAAUGGACUUCUCUUUUGCUAAUAUGUUAAAUUUAAGUGACAAAUUAGAGUGAUAUACUAAAGUCAUAUUUUUUUCUCUUAGUCCAGGGAUCCUGGAUCACAAAUUCACAUCAAACAUCCAAUCAUGUGUAGAAUCUUUAAAAAAUAUAGCAUCUCUUACACAUGACUGGAUAUUUGAAGCAGUUCACAAUUCAUUAAACUAACUGAGAAAAUGCUACUUUAGUUUAUUCACCCUAUUACCUGGGGGAGAUGGCUAUUUAUAUUUUACUAUUUCUGUCAGGCAAAAAUAUUAAGUUUCUUGGUGUUUUUGAAUGUUUUCUAUUUUCUAUAAAACAGGAGCAUCAUUUCUUCUUUUGCCUAAACAUAUUUUUUAUUUCUUGAAGAAUACAGACUUGUGAGUUUAAAAAUAUGAACAUGAAAAUUGAAUAAUAUGUGUUAUUUGGUUACUUCCUAUGUCCUGUGUUUAUAACUGUAUUGUCUUUUUUGGUAUUUUACUACCUCUAUUUUGUUUCUCUACUAAAAUUUAGGGAGAAUUACAUUCUCUUUAAAUUUUUAUGCACAGAAGAACUUUAAUUCAGCACUGUGAUUAAACACUGUGGUUAAAUAAUUUUUAUUUUAUGCUUAACUACCUGCUACAACAGUUUAAUUCAUUAAAAUUUGAUUUCAAUGCUAA